GUUGCUAGUAUUUACUUCUCAAAUGGGACCACAGUCGACACUGCUAAAAUCGAAGGAGAGUGGGGGCAUAGAGACACCUGAUGCGUGCAACGGAUGUCAUGGGUAAUAAGGCAAAGUUAUAUCGCAAUGCGGUUGACGCCAUUACCGUAGAGCAGAAACCCUUGGGCUUGCGCGACUAUCUUCCACAUUGGCUUGGUGGCGUUGACCCCCGUUAUCAACCUCUAUCCCAGAUGCUAGAGCUUUUGAAGUCAGCGACCGAUUUUUACCUAGGAGCGCCGGUCUCUGCCGCAGAAGUUGCCUUCCCGUUUCCCGUUCCUGAUGCUUACCGGGACUUCCUCCGUUCCACCAGACCAACACUUUCUUUAUACAUGCCUUUGUCCGCUCUGCCAUCAGCAGGCAUUCUUGCAACAAAAUCCCACGGCCUCAUCAGAUACUGUGAUGCUGACUUUGAUCCAGAGCAGCUCAUCCUCACAGUUGAGUAUACCCGGGCAUCUCUGACUGCCAUCUUGGUAUUUGAACUGUGUGGCCUCGCUGAAACCCGGCACAUAUUUCACGAUACUCACCUUGGGGCCGAUCCCCUUUGGGGAGGAUCUGAAAGUGACCACGCUGAGUUUACGCGUGUCCUCUGUGACAUGGUUACACUGCCUCUCAAAGAUGGCGGGAAUGGAGCCAGCAUUGACCACAUCAGUGACUUGGUUCUACUUGGUGAUUCAGCAGGGGACCAGAUACUUCACCACGCCCCGAAGAAGGUGCUAGGUGAGCAGCAAGCGGCCCAUCUGGUCACUACUGCUAUCGAUAAACAUAAGAGGCCUACAGAUCCACUCUUUGUCGCUUCAAGGGGGGUGGCACUGGAUUGUUGGGACCGGUUGAAUUUUCGAGAAUUAACUUGCGGUAUUUGAUGCCUGGUCUGGGUCAGAGUUGGGAUCAAGUGGCUACCAUGACAGUCUUUAAUCCUGCAAACAACCAGUUGAGUGUCUUCUAUAUGCACCGUGUUCAAAGGGGAAAGCAUAGGUACAGCUGUAAUUCCAAAAGUGUUUCAUACCUAUUGCACUGGCCUCAUGGCUCCUUUUUUUAUCUGGCUUGGCACUGUUGUGAGGAUAGUUGCGUGCACACCAGAGGCAUAAUACAUAACAGUUUGGCUACAGGGG